GCUUGGGUGACGAGCACUCCUCUCCACGUAACGACACAGAUCUGACGGGAAUCAUAAAUGCCACUUUCCUUUCGUUUUUACUGCCAGUUUUGAAUUAAAAUGAUAUUAUCGUGAACACAACCGCAUGUAUUUGAUAUGCUCAUGACUGUGAGUCUCUAUAAGAGAUGAGAAAAGCGAGGAAGCGACUGCCGGCGAGCGGAUCGCAAGCGUCUGUCAGGAGACACGAAGAACAAUUGCCCUGGAAGAAACAGAAGCUGCUUGAUAUCCAUCAGGCCCUGACCUGUGACCCCGUGGACAUCGAGACCCUGCGGCGGGCGGCUGUGAGCGAAGGCGGUUUGCUGACGGAUGACAUUAGGAGAAAAGUUUGGCCCAAACUCCUCAGCAUCAAUGUGUACAGUCUGCCUGCCAAACCCUCCAAAGAUGUCAGAAAAAACCACAAAGACUACAGACAAGUGGUGCUCGAUGUCAGGAGGUCAAUGCGGCGUUUCCCGAAAGGCAUGCGUGUGGACGAGCGAGAGGUUCUCCAGGAGCAGCUGAUAGACAUCAUUCUGGAUGUCCUGAGGAGAAAUCCUCAACUGCACUAUUACCAGGGUUAUCAUGACCUCGUGGUGACCUUCCUGCUGGUGGUGGGAGAGAGGAUGACCAUCGCGAUAAUGGAGAAACUGUCCAAUCAUCAUCUCAGGGAUUUCAUGGACCCCACCAUGGACAACACAAAACACAUCCUGAACUACCUGAUGCCCAUUCUGGAGCGAGUCGACCGAGAGUUGCACGACUUCAUGAUAAGGUCUGAGGUGGGCACCAUCUUCGCCCUGAGCUGGCUGAUCACAUGGUACGGCUACGUCUUGUCAGAUUUCCGGCAUGUUCUGCGGCUCUAUGAUUUCUUCCUGGCGUCUCACCCACUCAUGGCCAUCUACUUCGCCGCUGUGAUUGUGUUGUACAGAGAGAAGGAAGUGAAGAGCAGCGAGUGUGAUAUGGCCAGCGUUCAUCACCUGCUGUCUCAGAUGCCUCAGGAUCUGCCGUACGAGGAUCUGAUUGGUCGAGCUCAGAAACUCAUCAUCAGCUGCCCGCCCUCUCUGAUGACCCAGUCUGCGGCGCUGCAGUCACGCAACAUAAUCGCCAUCAGCACCUUCACGGACUUCCAGUCGUCCACGCGGAUGCAGCGUCCGGACUCGGUCCUCCGCCAGCAGCUUCAGGAGCGCCACGAGCACCCGCCGGCCCUUCCCAUGAGCCUCCGGCCGGCGAACACCAACCAGCUCAUCAAGAUGGCGGUGUGGGGUCUGUCCGCCACGCUGGGGGCCGCGGCGCUGGCGGUGGCCCAGACGGCCAUGGACUGGGCACCUGAGUUCCUCUCCCAGAUCUUCUGACACGACGCGCCUCGUUCUCGUCCUCUGGGCCAUUCCUGUGACAUCAUCAUAUGGAAGGAAGCCGGAAAUCAGUGCGACGCAACAAGUGGCCAAAGACGUCCGUUUAAUAAUUCAUGUACACGUAUAUACCAAAAACAAUGUUUCGGUGCGCUAAAACGAGUGUUCCUGCAGGUAUAGAGCGGACUGUGCUCUCUCAAAGGAGUUUCUAUUGGAAAUGUUGAAGACCUCGUGGCGUAUGUAGCCAAACAUCAACAGUCUGAAAGAUUUUGUGAUAUAUAAAUGUAUAAUCAAGUG